CUUGGGGCGCCGCGCAUGCGCGGUGGCGGCGGCGGGAGGAGGCGGCGCGCGCGGGGAUUUUGCUGCGUCACCACGGGCCGAGCGCGCGCGGGGCAUUGUGGGAGCGAGGCCGCGCCGAGCCCCGAGCCCGCCCGGAGCCGCCGCCGGAGCCCCCGGAGCCCUCCCGGAACCCUCCCGGAGCCCUCCCGGCACCGCCCGACCGCCGCCGCGCCGCCCGCACAGCCCGCCACACACGCCCCGCCGGAGCGCCCCGCCGGAGAGCCGUCGCCAUCCGCCAUGCAGCCUGCCUCUGCAAAGUGGUACGACCGGAGGGACUACGUCUUUAUCGAGUUCUGUGUUGAAGACAGCAAAGACGUAAAUGUAAAUUUUGAAAAGUCCAAACUCACGUUCAGUUGUCUUGGAGGAAGUGAUAAUUUUAAACAUUUAAAUGAAAUCGAUCUUUUUAAUAAUAUCGAUCCAAAUGAAUCAAAGCAUAAAAGAACAGACAGAUCCAUCUUGUGUUGUUUACGAAAAGGAGAGUCUGGUCAGGCAUGGCCAAGGUUAACAAAAGAGAGGGCAAAGCUCAACUGGCUCAGCGUGGACUUCAACAACUGGAAAGACUGGGAAGAUGAUUCAGAUGAAGACAUGUCCAAUUUUGAUCGCUUUUCUGAGAUGAUGAACAACAUGGGAGGAGACGACGACGUAGACUUGCCAGAAGUAGAUGGGGCAGAUGAUGACUCACCAGACAGUGAUGAUGAAAAAAUGCCGGAUCUGGAGUAAGGCAAACUGUCGUCUUCAGGGUUUUGGGGAAAGAAGUUCAUCACAACAUUUCAUAAUUGAGAUAAGAAUUCCUGAGUUGAUAGCCCUAAAGGGAGAUCCUGCAUCCUUUAACCCAUUUUCAGUCCAUUUUAAAUGGCUUCACUGAUGGUAGGUGUGUCCCAUGGCACGGGGCGGUCUUAAAGCCACGAGAGGCAAUAACAGUUAUGCAUGAACCAUUUUCCAGACUUCCAAAAAAGAAAAAAAAACCAAAAAAAACCCAAACCAACCCAAUUGAGGUGUAGGCAACCCGUUGAGAACAGUUGCAAUAAAGUUUACAGAGCCUCCUUGCCUCGUAGCAGAUGUAAUUACAAUGGGAGAACCCUGAAUUAACACCGAGUGGUAAAUGAGCUUUUUAUUUCCCCCCGCCCCUCCACGGCCUGAAAUUGUCCGUUUGUACCGGGAACAAAAAAAAACUGUUGUCAUUGACUCCCCAAAUUCAGCAGGUGAGGCACAUCCCUCCGUGAUGUCUUCAGGUCUGUUCCACUAAAAAAGUUCAUCUUGAAAAGGAAAACUUCAAAAUUCUCCUUUGUUUUGGUGUUCGCCCCCGAGCCCCGACCGGUGCUGGUGGCCGGAGCCUGCCCCUGGUCCCGUGUGACCCCCAAACCUUUCCACCUCCUCGCCCGGGGUGCGAGUGGCUGUACAUUGUUGCUUGUCAAUCUGUACAUUUAGACCAAAUUCGUAUUUGCACUGUGGGUUUGGCAGCAAGUGACAGACCGUGGGGCGCGCGGGCGCCUGCGAACCGGGCUGAAAAACCUCAAUUUAUGUUCAGAGCAGCUGGGAUUUUUUUAAUGUCUGCAUUCUUUCUAAUAAACUGUUGAAGACUC